UAUUUGCAUCUAUCUUCUACGUUUGAAGUCACACUUGGCAUUAUAACCUUGCUCUUUUUAUUCACGAUGGGGCAAAACGUUCCAAAAACCGUCAUCUUCACGGCGGCUGUUCUCUUUUCAUCUUUCUCCUCCGUCUCUUCUUCCUUCCAAUACAACACACUCAUCGUCAACACUCUCCCUUCUUCCCAAAUCUUUUCAUCUCCCGAACCCGGAUCCUUGACCAGUACUGUAUUCGACUCCAUAACUUCACUCACCGUUCAUCUAUCACACGUCGAUGCUCUCUCUUCCUUCUCCGACGCAUCUCCAUUAGAGCUCUUCAACCUCCGUCUUCGAAGAGACUCUCUGCGCGUCAAGUCCCUGACCACCCUCGCCGCCGUCUCUACCGGCAAGAAUGUUACCAAAAGAACUCCACGCUCACCCGGUGGGUUUAGCGGCGCUGUUAUCUCCGGUCUUUCACAAGGAAGCGGAGAAUAUUUCAUGAGGCUAGGCGUUGGAACUCCGGCGACUAACGUUUACAUGGUCCUCGACACAGGAAGCGACGUCGUUUGGCUACAAUGCUCUCCAUGCAAAGUAUGUUACAAUCAGUCCGACCCGAUGUUCAACCCGGCAAAGUCAACGACUUUUGCAACUGUCCCGUGUGGUUCUAGUCUUUGUCGGAGACUAGACGAGUCGUCGUCGGAGUGUGUCAACCGUGGAAGCAAGACAUGUCUCUAUCAAGUCUCCUACGGUGACGGGUCGUUUACCAUGGGAGAUUUCUCCACCGAGACGCUGACGUUUCACGGCGCACGUGUGGAUCACGUGGCCUUAGGAUGCGGUCACGAUAACGAAGGCUUGUUCGUCGGUGCGGCUGGGCUGUUGGGCCUGGGCCGCGGAGGGUUAUCGUUUCCCUCACAGACGAAAAACCGUUAUAACGCUAAAUUCUCUUACUGUUUCGUCGACCGGACGAGUUCCGGUUCCGCUUCCAAACCUCCGUCGACUAUCGUCUUCGGAAACGACGCCGUUCGAGAGACCUCCGUCUUCACGACGUUAUUGACGAAUCCGAAGCUCGACACGUUCUAUUAUCUUCAGCUUCUUGGGAUCAGCGUUGGUGGUUCGCGCGUUCGCGGCGUUUCGGAGUCGCAGUUUAAGCUUGACCCCACCGGAGACGGCGGAGUGAUUAUAGAUUCCGGUACUUCGGUUACUCGGCUGACUCGACCGGCUUAUGUGGCGUUCAGAGAUGCGUUUCUUCUCGGAGCGACGAGGUUGAAACGUGCUCCGUCGUAUUCUCUGUUCGACACGUGUUUCGAUCUUUCUGGUAUGACGACGGUGAAAGUUCCGACGGUGGUGUUUCAUUUCAGCGGAGGAGAUGUUUCGCUUCCGGCAAGUAAUUAUCUUAUUCCGGUGAACACUCAAGGACGGUUCUGUUUUGCGUUCGCCAGCACAAUGGGGAGUUUGUCGAUAAUUGGGAACAUACAGCAACAAGGUUUCCGUGUCGCUUACGACUUAGUCGGGUCACGGGUCGGGUUUAUGUCUGGCGCAUGUUAGGUUUUUGUGUCUGACUUGACUGAUAUAUUAUUCCCAAAGAACAAUUUAAAAAUAAGAAAUUUAUCCAUAUUUGUCAUCAUCAUGACAUCAUCUA